UAGAAAAUAAAAAAUAAUCUCUGCCAGGUCGUCACCGUGAACGUGAGUGGCCUGAAAACCGAGUAAUUUUCACAGAGAAACAUCGGCAACGCGUUAAAACUUUAGACUCAAUACAAAUCACAGCCUAUAUUUAUAUUUAACCCCUCGCCAGCGUUUGGUAAAACCUCAAAUAAUUGGGGAUUUGCAGUUAAUUUCAUUUUCUGCAAAUCCAAUCCCAUGGCUUCUCAUCACGCUUCUCUAGGCCGACGAACGUUGGAAGAAAUUAGGCAGAAGAGAGCAGCGGAGAGAUUAAUCAAAGUCUCUUCUGGUCCCGAUCUCACUAAACCCCCUCUUCCUGAUGAUGUAGGAAUUAAGCGAUCGGAGAGCGGAGGUCGGCUGAAUGAGAAUGAUGUUACUAGUUUACUAUCCCAGUUGAAAGACAUGCAACAUAAGAAUUCAGAAUUAGCUGACGAAAACAAGAUUUUGGUUCUCAAGCUUCAGGCAAAAGAGGGAGAAAAUGAAACGUUGAAACAGAAUCUGCAUGAAUUGGAGAAAACUGUGCCAUCUUUGAGAAAGGCCUUGAAGGAUGUUGCGAUGGGAAAAGAUGCCGCAGUUGUUGCAAAGGAGGAUCUCUCCGCUCAGCUUCGCGCAAUGAAGAAGCGUCUAAAAGAAGCAGAAGAAGAACAAUAUCGGGCCGAGGAAGAUGCAGCAGCAUUGCGAGCAGAAUUGAAUAUGUUACAGCAGCAAGCAAUAAGCGGUUCACUUGGUUCUGUCAGCUCAAUGGCUAAUUCGCAUGAUCAGUUGCAAGCUCUGGAAACAGAAGUAACCAAUUUGAAAUCUCAGUUGGAGCAAGUGUCACUACUGAGGCAGCAAGAGCAACAACGAUUCUCAGAAGUGCAAUCUCAGGUGACCACGCUCGCGUAUGAGAAACAGGUGUUGGAGGAGAAGUAUGCGGCUGUGUCCAUAAGUGAUUCAGAAAAAGUUACAGAAAAAGGAACGGAAACGGCUCCCGAGAAAACAUUCUCACUUGAAGACAAGCAAAGACUUGAGCAGCAAUUGCAUGAUAUGGCAGUAGCAAUUGAGAGGUUUGAGAGUAGCAGGCAGAAACUGCUACUGGAGAUUGAUUCACAAUCUUCAGAAAUAGAAAAGCUUUUCGAGGAAAACUCAAAUUUGUCAUCGGCUUAUCAAGAGGCAAUGACUGUUGUGGCACAUUGGGAGAGUCAGGUGAGUGAUUGUCUGAAACAAAAUGAAGAGCUCCGGGCUAUGUUAGAUAAACUAAGAAUGGAACAAGCUAAUAUAACAACAUCGACAUUGAAUGAGAACUCUAACCAGAGACAUCUUUUGGAUUCCAACAAAGAUCUGGGCGAUGAGACAACACCCCAGGCAAUUCCUGCUGAAGUUAUCUCCCUUAAGGGUCAACUUGCCAAGGAACAGAGUAAAGCAGAAGCUUUGUCAGCAGAGGUUAUGCAGCUCUCAUCACGGCUCCAGCAAGCGACACAAGCAUACAACGGUCUUGCACGCCUCUAUAAGCCCGUGCUGCGCAACAUUGAGACUGGUCUUCUUAAGAUGAAGCAAGAUAGUUCCUUAAUGGUACAGUGAAGUGUUGGUGGUGUUUCAGUUUUAGGGUUUAUGCGGUAGUUACUUUGAGAACUUGUGGCCAGUGAAAUCGUUCUAAAUGUUCACUGUGGUUUCUAUUUCUAGGCUCUACAGCUGUAAUUUUCAUAUCAUGGAAAAUGUUUCUACCUGCUCUCUAGAGUUUUAUGUACACACAAGUAAUACAAAUGUCCGCAGAUUUAUGCAUACAUGUUGCAUCUUGUAAAUUGUAAACAUAUCAUACUUCAAGGAUUGAUGAUCUCAAUCUCCUAGUUUUUGGAGUUUUUUAAA